AUGCCGAGUCCACAUAGAGAAUCUGCACAUGUCAAUGGUGGAGUACUGCAGGUACAUUCUAUCGAUCUGAUCCGGGCCAGCAAAGGACAGAAUCGUCAGGAGCAUCGCACAGCGGGUUACUUUAGCAAGCAACUUAUCGUCCGUAGAGGACAGUGCUUUAAAAUGUCUAUUGAGCUGUCCCGACCCUUCAUACCAAACAGAGACCAACUUUACCUGGAGCUCAGACUAGGAAAUGUUUUACCAGUACAAAAGGGCAGUUUCGUGGUUGUUCCAUUAGUUUCAGAAUUCAGUAGAGACGCCUGGGAGGCAAAGAUUAUUGAACAAGCAAAAACCACAAUCAGACUGGCGGUUUAUUCUCUUCCAACCGCUUGUAUUGGACGGUACAGACUCACUGUAGUAACAAACAGCCCAGCAGGAAAGUCCACCUCACCAGACACACGUGAAAAUGACAUCUACAUGCUGUUCAACCCUUGGUGCAAAGAUGAUGCUGUGUAUAUGAAUGAUGAGGCUGAGAGAGUUGAGUAUGUACUGAAUGAUAUGGGCAAAAUCUACUAUGGAACUGAGCAUCAGAUUGGUACCAGAACCUGGAAUUUUGGUCAGUUUGAUGAAGGAAUCUUGGGUGCAUGUUUGUUCUUGUUGGAGAGGAGUAGAAGUCCUUGCUCAGGGUGGGGGGACCCCAUAAAUGUAGUCAGAUUGAUAUCUGCCAUGGUUAAUUCCAAUGAUGAUUAUGGUGUGCUGGUGGGUAACUGGAAAAAGACCUAUGAGGGAGGACUUUCUCCUAUGGUUUGGAGUGGAAGCAGUGCCAUCCUGAAACAGUACCACAACAGUGGAGGAACACCUGUCAAAUAUGGGCAGUGCUGGGUCUUCGCUGGAGUCACCAACACAAUAUUGCGGUGUUUCGGCAUUCCCACACGUCCAGUCUCAAAUUUCAGUUCUGCUCACGACACUGAUGCUUCCUUGACUACAGAUAUUUAUUUAGAUGAGAAUAAUGAAGAGAUUAAACACCUUACCCGCGAUUCAGUCUGGAACUUCCAUGUGUGGAAUGAGGCCUGGAUGACUCGGCCAGACCUGCCACCUGGAUUUGGAGGCUGGCAGGCUGUUGACGCAACUCCUCAGGAGACCAGCCAGGGCAUCUUCCGCUGCGGCCCCACCUCUGUUGCUGCGGUCCGCAGCGGACAGGUCUACCUUCAAUAUGACACACCCUUCGUUUUCGCUGAAGUGAAUAGCGAUAAAGUCUACUGGCAGCGCAAAAAAAAUGGGACCUUUGAAGUUGUUCAGGUUGACAAAAGUGUUAUAGGUCGCUGCAUCAGCACCAAAGCUGUCGGCUCAGAUCAACGUGUGGACAUCACGCACCUCUACAAAUAUGCAGAAGGUACGCCAGAGGAGCGCAAAGCUGUGGAAACAGCCUGUAAAUACAGCUCCAGACGAUCCACAUACUCUCCCACCGGUACUGGUGCUGAUUCUGGUGCUGGUGCUGGUGCUGGCGCUGGCAAUGGCGAGGUGACUCUUCAGAUUUCCAUGGAUGGUAAAGGACCAUGUGUCGGUCAGGAUGCAGUGCUGUCCAUCGUUCUGAAGAACAACAGCAGCUCACCUCGCAAUGUCAAUCUCUUCAGCCAGGUGUCAGCCACCUACCACACUGCAGUCAACAGGGCCUUCACAAAGAAAGACCAGACGAGCAUUGCACUCAAGCCUCAUGAGGUCCAGACUCUGGAGUGGACACUGCUGUAUGAGGACUAUAAAGAUCAUCUGGUGGGUCUUGCGAUGCUGAUACUCACUCUGUCUGGACGUGUCACUGAGACUAAACAAACUUUGGCUAAACAGUUCAGCUUCAGACUGUGCACACCAGAUCUCAUUAUCAUUCCUUUAGAUGAUGCUGUGCUGGGCAGAGAGCUGAAAUUCACAAUCAAGUUCCAGAACCCAAUGCCCUGUGUGCUGAGGAACGUCGUGUUCCGGAUUGAGGGACUGGGGAUGCAGCAUGUCAAAACAGUUCACUAUGGUGAUAUUGCAGGCCAAGCGUCAGUGUGUCUGAAAGAGAAAGUUGUUCCCAAACGACGUGGUCCACAGAAGCUCCUAGCAACACUCGACUGUCCUCAGCUCACUCAGGUGCACGGAGUCGCAGACAUCAUGGUCAAAGAUCGCUGA